AUGGCUGACGACCACAGCGGCACCGAAUCUCAUGUCACGGUUCAACGUCGGACUCACUACUCUCCACCGUGGGCAGAUGUCAGUAUCAUCGGUAUUGCUGGCAGUUCCGGCUCAGGAAAGUCCACUCUGUCGCAUGCCAUUGUGAGAAAGCUAAACUUGCCAUGGGUGGUGAUUUUGUCUAUGGAUUCUUUUUACAACCCCCUGACUCCUGAGGAGUCCAAGAAAGCCUUUGACAACGACUUUGACUUUGAUGCCCCCAAUGCCAUUGACUUCGACAUUCUCGUGCAAUGUUUACGAGACCUCAAGGCUGGUAAACGGGCCGAGGUUCCUGUUUAUUCCUUUGCCAAGCAUCAACGACUGGACCAAACCACAACCAUCUACUCCCCUCACGUCAUUAUCUUAGAAGGCAUCUUCGCCCUGCAUGACCCCCGCAUCAUAGAUCUCUUGGAUAUGAGGAUAUUCUGUGAGGCGGACGCCGAUACAUGCUUGUCUCGAAGAGUGUUGAGAGAUGUUAAGGAGCGCGCCCGCGAUGUCGAGGGCAUCAUCAAGCAGUGGUUCAAGUUUGUGAAGCCCAAUUUCGAAAAGUUCGUCGAGCCACAGCGUAAAGUAGCAGACAUUAUCGUACCCCGAGGUAUCGAAAACCAUGUCGCAAUGGCCAUGGUUGUCCAGUACAUUGAGCGGAAGUUGAUCGAAAAAUCAACCCACCACCGGGCAGCAUUAACACAGCUUGAGCUAGCUGCUGCCAGCGACCCCCUGUCUGACCGAGUUGUGAUAUUGGACCAGACACCGCAACUCAGGGCCAUGUGUACGAUCAUCCAGAACAUCGACACGUCGGCAGAAGACUUUAUCUUUUACUUUGACCGCCUUGCUUGCCUACUGAUCGAGCAGGCGCUCAACAAUGUACAGUUUAGGGAGAAGACCAUUUCCACUCCCCAAGGUUACAAGUACAGUGGACUUCAAUCGACCGGCGACGUGAGUGCGGUACUUGUCCUUAGAGGCGGUGCUGCCUUCGAGACCGCGUUGAAGAGAGUUGUUCCGGACAUGAGGACAGGCAGAGUCCUUAUUCAGUCCAACAUACGGACUGGAGAGCCCGAGCUUCAUUACCUGAAGCUGCCGGAUAACAUCGACAAACACGAGUCGGUAUUGUUGAUUGAUACCCAGAUGGCUAGCGGAGGUGCUGCACUCAUGGCUGUGCAGGUUCUCGUCGAUUACGGCGUUGCACAGGAGAAGAUCGUGCUGGCAUGCUACGCCGCAGGAAGGCUCGGUGUUCACCGGCUUGCCAAGGUUUUCCCUGGCAUCACCAUCGUUCUUUGCAAUAUGCUUCCGGAUAUCGAGGAUCGAUGGGUUGAGAAGAAGUACUUCCGAUGCUAG